CUUAGUAGAAUGUAAAGUUGCGUUGACUAUCUCAAUUGUAUUUAAAGUCAACUCCAUUCCCGCAAUAGACCAAACUCUCAUCAUCACUCAACAGCCAUCAAUCAAUCAACCCGCACUACAGCACUAAGUUAGCUCACACUUUCACAUCUUCACAUUUCAACCACCAAAAUGCAUUUUGCUACCAUCAUCGCUACUGCUGCUCUCGUCAUGGGCGUCGCUGCUGAGCCUGCUUCCAAGGAUCUCCCCUUCAACGUCAUUUCUGCCCGCAUUUGGAGCUCUAAAGACUGCGGAGGUGACAACAACAACGGAAACCUCGGUGAAUUGACCACGCAUCGUGAUGAGCUCAAUGAAUGCUUCAAGUUCACCGACAAGGUCAAAUCUGUGAGCCAGUAUGAGCAUGCUAAGGGCUGCAAGCUUCUUCUUUUCACAGACAGCAACUGCAAGCGUGGACAGAAGACUGUCAAGGAUGACCAGUGUCGCGAGACUUCUUCUCACUUCAGCAGCUACAAGACUGUUUGCAACUGAGAUUUCACGACCGAUGAGUUUAGAUAUAAUGAAUUAAUGGGCGCGAGAUGAUAAUGGGCUAAUGGCUGAGACGAUAAUGGCAUCAUGAGACCGAGUUAUGGACAUUCCUUUGGCAAAGAGGUCGUAUGAAUUAAUAUACAGCAUUGAAUUAACUAAGAUUAUGCA